AGGCUUCGAAUCUAGUUGUUUUGGAGCUUUGGCAUGAGCGCUCAGACUUGCCAUCAGUAAAGAUGAUUUCUGCAAAGCUCUCACAUGUCAGAAAUAAAUGGAAGUGGCGUUUUGUAAUCAGCCUGCAAAUAUUUAGACAGCACGACACAGCAGUUGUUUCCGAGAGACCGAUAUUUUAGUCGGAGAAGGUUUUGGGUCUCUAUUUUCCUCGGUGAAAAAUAGCCUUACUUUGAGAGGUUAAAAAAAAAAAGGACAGCGGUGGUGCAAGGGAAGUGCAUUUUGUACACAGGAACCCAGCCAUUUGUCGGCUGUGGAAUGGAAACCGAGCGUAUUUGUUCCCGAAUGACUGUCCUUUCCGGCACCGGAGCCUCGCUCUUUAUUAAUUCAUGGCUGGGAGCUGUCCCAAGCCAUUGACAUUUGGCAAUAAAAGUGGGGGCUGGGGAGAUGGGCAAGGUAGUGAACGCGAGUGGAGACGCGGCUAGAGAAGUUUGGAAUGAAUGAGAAGCCGAAUGAAUGAACGAAUGGAAACCACUCAAGACCGGGACGCCUGAGGGGACGGGGAAGAAGAGACCCGGGUGGUCCGCCGAGCCUCGCCGGACCCGGGUUGCCCGGAAGGAUGGCGAGGGAAGCGCGCGCCUGCAACAGCCGGCCGGUGCGCAGGCUCCUGGCCUCCCAGCCAGGGCGGGAGCCGAAGGAGACGCCGCCGCUGCAAAGGACGGGAAUUUUUGCACAAGCACACACUCAGACAUGCGCGGUGUGCAGGGGCUGCUCCAAAGAUAACGUGACGGGAGAGCCUCCCGCCCCCGGCCAGCCCCAACUCCCUUUGGAAGAAAAAAAAAAUUGCCCAUGCAUCUCAGGGACUUCUUUUUCGCCCGCGAGUUUUGGGGGUGGAGCGUACCUGGUGCAGGCCGUGAGAGCUGCGGGCAAGUGCGAUGCGGUCUUUAAGGGCUUUUCCGACUGUUUGCUCAAGCUGGGCGACAGCAUGGCCAACUACCCGCAGGGCCUGGAUGACAAGACGAACAUCAAGACCGUGUGCACAUACUGGGAGGAUUUCCACAGCUGCACGGUCACAGCCCUUACGGAUUGCCAGGAAGGGGCGAAAGAUAUGUGGGAUAAACUGAGGAAAGAAUCCAAAAACCUCAACAUCCAAGGUAGCUUAUUCGAACUCUGCGGCAGCGGCAACGGCGCGGCGGGGCCACUGCUCCCGGCGCUCCCGGUGCUGCUGGUGUCCCUCUGGGCAGCUUUGGUGACCUGGCUUCCCUUCUGAGCGCAGGGCCAGCUCCCCCGCGCGCCCACCCACACUCACUCCAUGCUCCCGGAAACCGAGAGGAAGAUCCAUUCGUUCUUUGGGGACGUGAUUCUGUGAUGCUGAAACACUCAUGUAGGAUUGUGGGAAAUCCUGGUUCUCUUUUUUUUUUUUUAAUUUCGUUCGAGUUCUCGUGUUUUCUUUGCCAAAUGUUACCAAUCAGUGAGCGAGCAAGCACAGCCCAAUCGGACCUCAGCUUUAGUCCGUCUUCACACAAAAAUAAGAAAACGGCAACCCACUCCCAUUUUUAAAUUUAAAUUUUUUUUUUUUUUUGGCAAAAGUAUCUCAGGAACGGCCCUGGGCCACCUACUAUAUUCUCAUGUUAAUAACAUGAAGCAUGAUGGGCUCCUCCUAAUAGGAAUGCGUGGAGAGGAGAAGGCCAGGAGAAGGAAUCCCAGAGCGAUGUCCACGUGCAAAGCACACGGUGACCAGUUCACACUCGCGUCUUUCUGCCACAGUAUCUUGUUUUGAUCAUUUCCACUGCACAUUUCUCCUCCAGAAAAGGGACAGGCCAGGAGGUGGCUAGGAGGGAGAGAGGGAACACACGGAGGGAGUCGCUGGUGUCCAGUGGAGGUUGUCACAAGUGCUGCUUACGGCCACUGAAGGGUUAGCUUUACUUAACUUGCCGCAUCUUUCCAGUCCUCUGCCUUUUCGUUCCCUCCUCUCUUGUUUUAGCUGUUACUCACACAGUAAUACCUGAAUAUCCAACGGCGUAGAUCACAAGGGGGGGAUGUUACACGUUAACCUAAAAUAUAGUUAAAAAAAAGAUUUUGACAUAAAAGAGCCUUGAUUUUAAAAAAAAAGAGAGAUGUAAUUUAAAAAGUUUAUUAUAAAUUAAAUCCAGCAAAAAAAGAUUUGCUACAAAGUAUAGAGAAGUAUAAAAUAAAAGUUAUUGUUUGAA